AUGCUAGUCAUGCACGGCGAUCUCUCGGCUCCAACAUCCGUGAGCUCAGCACUACCAGCUUUAAUUAAGCGUGAUGACACGCGGUCACUACUUUGGCAAGAGACGUCGACUCGUUCGCCAGAGACAACGCUACCGUUGCCUCUUCCCUUGCCGCCUCGUGCCAUGUCAGAGCCCAAGUCACCAAAGAAAAAGAUUGGCAAACAAGUGUUCAUUUGUACCGAAGUACACUGUGGUAAGCAGUUUCCUCGCUCUUUUGCGCUCCGACGCCACAUGCGAAUUCAUACAGGCACCAAACCUUAUGUCUGUGACUACGAAGGCUGUGUACAACGUUUUAACACGUCGGGCAAUUUGAGUCGCCAUAAACGCAUCCAUAGUGGUGAGCGGCCAUAUCCGUGCAUAUUUGAGAGUUGUGGUAAGCGUUUUAAUACAAGCACGAAGCUUAAGAGGCACAUGCGCAUCCAUUUUCCUGAAGGCCAGAACCUAUUUCGGUGUAUUGGACAGAAUUGCAAUUGGAGCUGCGACAAUUAUAAGGAAUAUGCACAACAUCAGAAGCUGCAUCACAAUAUUAUUGUCGGUGCUCAUCAGGAGCCAACGUACGCCCACCAACAUCAUGGAUUGCAAAACAUGCAGCACUCCAUUGUAGUGGGCGAAACAUCAUCUGACAAGGACAAUUCAUAUUAUUCAGCAUCAGACAGCCACCGAGAGUACUCGACUGAAAGUCUUCAGUACGCCAGCCAUCAAGUCUCGACGGUGCUGACUGGCAGUUUCCAGUGUGGUAGCGGCUAUGACAAGCCCAAAAAUAGCUUUUUGGCUCCGCCUCGCAGCAAAUUUAUGAGUCAAUCUCCUUUCUUUAGCUCGGAUCACAGUGCUAGUCUUUCAACAGUGUUGCACAAGGACCAGAACAAAAAGACGAUUGAGUUAGAUCAUGUCUACGGAACAGACCAACGCCGUUUGAAAUGUAACACUGCUUUUCCGUCUGUGCAUUAUUCGAGCACUGCAGGGCCGUAUGGGGUAAGCUCAGACAGUAUACUUAGCCGUCCUAGCUUCACGAACACCAGCAGCCACUUUGCACAUCUUCGAUCAGAAGACGACCGAGGUCACAAUGGCAAUCAUGAGCACACUCAAUCGCAACAGAUAUUGCCACCUCCCACUAACCAUGUGCUUCGACCACCUCCUGAAGAGAGUAAAUACGGUGGAUUUUCUUUGCCACCGCCUUUAAACCCCGCGGCGCCCGAGUUUACGGGAGAAGAACUUAACGUCGUGUUGCAACUCAUGAAUGAGAACUACUGA